AUGGGUUUUCCUAGUUUGUGGUGUAAAUGGGUGGAAAGGGUUCUUUCUUCGGCUAGGUCCUCGGUUUUAGUCAAUGGUUCUCCUACCUUUGAGUUUGGUUGCUCCAAAGGAAUUAGACAAGGAGACCCAUUAUCACCGUUCCUCUUCCUUAUGGUUAUGGAAGCUCUCUCUAGUAUUUUUUACAAAGCGGGGAUGGAGGGGUGGUUUAAAGGUAUUCAAUUACCUAAUAAUGGCCCAAAAAUCUCUCAUCUUUUUUAUGCGGAUGACGCCCUCUUGUUGGGGGAAUGGGACAAGGAAAAUGUGUUGAGUGUUGCGAGAUGUUUGAGGAUCUUUUAUCUAUAUUCGGGUUUAAAAAUUAAUUUGCAUAAAUCUAAUUUAUUCGGGAUGGGGGUGGAAGCUGGCGAGAUUAAUGAUAUGGCUAAGGUGGUGGGUUGUAACAUGGAUAUUAUUCCUCUAACAUACUUGGGGAUUAUGGUGGGGGCUAAUAUGAAUAGAAUUAGUAACUGGGCUCCGAUCAUGGAGGUUUUUGAUAAAAGGUUAUCGGUUUGGAAAGCUAAAGCUAUUUCGAUAGGGGGAGACUUACCCUGA